AUGCUGCGCGCCGGCGUCAUCGAGCCCGUUGAACGGUCCGACUGGGCCACACCGCUAGUUAUAGCGAGGAAGGGAGACGGUGGAAUACGCUUAUGCGCGGAUUAUAAGGUGACACUUAACAAGGCUUUACUGGUUGACAGUGGAGAAUUUCAGCAAUUCUUAAAUAAUAAUGGUAUAGAACAUAUAUUUUCGGCACCUUAUCACCCAGCUUCUAAUGGGGCAGCGGAAAACGCUGUUAAAAUUUGUAAAAAGAGCAUUAAAAAGGCGAUUAAAUCGAAAUCCGACGUACACUCCACAUUGUGUCGUUUUCUGCUGGCGUACAGAAACACACCACACUAUACAACCGGGGAAAGCCCCGCCAAGAUGUUAUUAGGGCGCAACUUGCGCAUGCGGUUAGAUUGUUUGAAACCAGACCAGAAGGCACUUAUUAGAGCUCGCCAAGAGACAGUAGAAGCUACAUCGAGUGGCGUCACAAGACAGUUUAAUCCGGGGGACCUUGUAUGGUUCAGAGAAUACCGUAGCUCAAACAAGUGGUCUGCAGGGACUGUUAUAGAGAAAACAGGUAGUACAGAUUAUAAUGUUAAAUCUAUCCACGGCACUGAGGUGCAUAGACACAUUGACCAACUAAAACCAAGAGUGAUAAAUAGGACAGCUAGGCUAGUAGAUGCAAACUUUAGGAACUUUCAACCAGUUCAGCCUGUUAAGAGCUCUCGCUCUUCUCUCGUGUUUCCUUCGGACAAUAAUCGAGCGCCGAACACAGAACCGGACCGGACAAACGGAACCAGCUUGACGAAAGCAUUGGUCGAGGAAACAUCCCGCACGCAAACAGACGGAAGUGAUUUGGUUACAAGUGAACCCUUGUCAACGUCAAGUGUACCUUUAAAUAUGCCCAAGGUGCAGGAGACGGGUAGUCCUAGGGUUCCUAUUACUCGGGAUAUACGAACUAGUAAUCGUACACGCAAACCGGUUAAGAGAUAUGGGUUUGAUGAUGAUUGA